GAAACAUGCUUGGUAGAGGUUGAAGGGGGAGAACGGAUUGUUUGGGUUCAUCUCUUGAUGUUCUAAUGAUGCGCUUUGGUGGAUGUAGUUAGUCUUCUUCUAGUGCAUUGCUCUCGUAGUUUAUUCGAAGUUGUUUCGGGCGUUUUUGAUAAGGAAUCUUCCGGAACGAUCGCGAGAACAGCUGUUUUUGGAUUUUUUCAAUCAAUAAAGUAUUCAGAAACAUGGAAUUAUGUAGAGCUUUCAAAUGUGGUACCGCAGUGUUAUUCUAUGUAGUCUAUUUUCUGAGAUCAGUAAUGUACGUGAAUGGAGUUGAACAUCAUUUUUCUGACCCUCAAAAACAAACUUCAGUCAAUAGUCCAAAAUCUGACGAUUUUCUAUUUUUUUAUCAAGGAGUAGAAGGAACACCUGGUGUGGACUUUCCAGUAUAUUCUCAUAUUCCCAGAACUACGUUCAGUUGCAAAGGAUUGGAGUCUGGAUAUUAUGCUGAUCUAGAUACUGAAUGCCAGGUUUUCCACAUCUGUGAAGAAGAAAAGAAAAUAUCAUUUCUCUGUCCAAACGGUACCAUCUUCCAGCAGACCGACCUCAUUUGUGAAUGGUGGUUCAAAGUGAAUUGCAGUACUUCUCCUUAUCUAUACGAGGAAAGCGCUGAAAAUCUAAGAGAAGACACAGCUAGAAGAAAGUUUAAUAGGAAAGUUAAGCUGAACAGUCAGGAGAAAAGCACUGCGCCAUUCAAAGAUAAUUCUUUUCUUGAUAAAACUGAUGAAAAUAAGUACAAUGAACAAUAUUUUAAUAAUAAAAGAAAUAACCACGUAGGCCCUAACCAAAACGUAUAUAAACAUAAUUCUAAUCAUAAUAAACCACUUAAAGAACCACAGCCCAUUGCUCAAACUACCUUAAAACCUACUACAAUAACUAGGAAUAAUUACGAAACUAAUAGUCCAAAACAACCUAAAUCUCAAAACAAUGCCAGAAAUAGAAUAUCACAUCAAAAAUCUCGCAGAUUUAACGAAAAUGAUUUAGGUAACUAUGAAAACUCUGACUACGACAAGUUUGUCUAUUCUACUACUACCACUACAUUCGCAACUCCCACUGAAAACUACUUUGAUAAUGUUAGAAAAACACAAAGAGGUUAUCAUGUACAAUUUUCACAAUCAAGCAGCGAAUUGAAAGAUGUUACUGCUAACCAGGUAUCAGGUAUACAUCAAGGACCAGAGUAUAACAAAAUUGAAGCCAGUACCACUGACAAUUAUCAAUUAGAGUUUCAAAGUCAUGUUAAAAACAGUCAUAAAUCUAGCAACAAUCGUAUAAAUAACAAAUCUGAUAAUAGAAAUUCUGUUGAAAGAAAAGUAACUGAAAGUUUUACCUCAGAUGAAACGCAAACUCCACAAGAAACAGCUUCUUUUGUGAAAACUUCAUUUAACAGCAUUCACGAUUCUUCUUCAUACAAUCCUUUUCCUAACCAUAGAACUACUUACUCAGAUUUAAAAACUCUCCCUUAUGUAUCAACUAAAGUGUACAGCACAAUUUCGUCGGUGACUCCUCAGUACAUUACCACACAACCAAUAAAUAAUGGAAAACCAUUUUUAGGUAGCAGAGUUGGACUUAAAAUUAAAUCCACAAAAGAUUCACUCUUCAUCAACCCACAAGUAAUUACAAACACUACCAAGAUCGACAAGUCUCUAGAUGCGGACGAUGUAUUUAGAGUACACGUGGUAGCAGCUGCUGAAAAGAACGUCACUAAUUCAAGUUUAGUUACGCCAAAGGUGAUAGAAAAAAUCCUUUUUGCUAAAAUUAAACCCAUAGAGGAAUCAACCAUGUCCUUACUACGAGAUGCUACAGAGAAAACAACGGAACAGAUUUUAGCUGCAGGUGUUGUUUCUACUACCACUGAAUCUGCAAUUAUAACUUCGAAAUAUAACUUAAAAGAAAAGACUGAACAACCUAAGAAGCAAGUAAAAACUACUUACGUUACUACAAAGCCAUUUCUUAUACGAUUAGAAGAAAGUCUUGCUCCCCGAGCUUCUACGACCAGAAGUACUACAACAAGGUCGACAACAACGCGAGCGCCAACCACCAGGUUUAUAUCUAAAACAACUACUGCUACAACGAGAACAACGACAACAACGACUUCCAAACCUAAAACUCAAGAUUACGCUAUUGUAUAUGGAACAUAUUCCUCAACAACACCUUCGAUAGUACCAAGUAACCCAAGCAAUAGUGUACAGAUUAAGUUUAACAAAACGGUUGAUAAGGUUGCUAUUCAUCUAGGAAAAUCUUUUGGAUCUCCACCUGUAAAGCCUGUAAGUGUUGUGAAGAAUAUUGACUUAAAUAAGCCAGAAAAAAUACAAUCUAGUACAGUAAAACCAAGAACCAGUAAUGCAGAGAUUCUAGUGCAGCAUUCAAGUAACUCACUUAUACAAUCAUUAUAUGAUAACAACAAAAUUAAAAAUUCGAACACAUUUUACGUAACAAAAUCUCAGAGAGUAUCAUCAACAACUGCAAGAUCCAUAGAUCUUGAUGACAAUAGAAUUUAUAAUUUGACAAUUCGAAGUACCACACAGCAACCAAGACCUUUCCAAAGAUUCAUAAACGAAGCUUCCACUGUACCAACAAUAUUUGAUAACACAGCCAAACCGCAUUCAUAUCUUGAUUACAAAAUCUCCACUGCUAGUCCCUUUAAAUAUAUCAGCUCUUCAGAACCAACUCAACCGACGCCGUUCUUUAGCUCUACAGCCAGUUCUAUAGAUGAUAAUGUUGAUAAUAUGAUAGAUGUGCUUACUGCUAUAACUAAAGAGAAAGCAAUGAUAACUGGAGGCUCAAGACCUGGUCUUGUGGUACCACCUUCCGUUGGACCUCAAACGUUACAUACUCUUUCAGUAUACUUUGCUAAUGCGUUAGAUGAAGUAAUUGCAAAAAAAGUCAAGGAAUCUGGAAAAUAUCCUGAAAAGUUUAUGAUGGAAAAUAAAGAGAAAUUAACAACUUUACUUACCCAAAUGACAGUACAUGGUUACAACCAAUUAUUUAAUCAAAAGCAAAUAAAAAACGAGACUUCAAGUGAUAAGCCUAUAAGUAUUGAUAGUAAAAAUGAGACAAAGCAACAAGAUUUUAAAUUAGAAAAUCCGCAGAUUCGACAAUUAGCGAGAAACUUUACUUUGGCUUUAUCAGCUUAUCUUCACGAUCCUGAUAUGUUCAGAAGAGAUUUAGAAAACUUAAGGCCAACAGAACCACCUUCAGAUGUUGAAACAACUACCGAAUUUAGCGGAAUAGAUGAAGAAUUGUUAAAUUAUUCUGAUGAUGAUACCAAAACCAGUUAUCCGCCAGUCUUCACAACUUCACAAUCACCUUCACCAACCUGGGGAUUCAUUAUAGCAGCCAAGUCUCCUAAUUCUAUAGACGUUGAUAAUGUCAUAGGAUCAGACUUAAAUACUGCUGACACCCAAUCAUUUGUCCCAGGCUUAAACGAUAUUAACAGCAAUAAUAACAAAAAACAAAUUGAGAUCCUAAAGGAGUUACCAGAUGACCAUUGGACCACUUCAACCAGUGCCACUGAUUUGUGGAAAAGUACCUUCUCCAUAGAUCCAUCUUUAUUAAAUGAUGAAUUUGAUCCUUCUUCUCCUAUAUUGUUUGAUUCAUCAACAGAAAUCGAGUUAACUACUGUUGAGAGUCUUCCAGCGAUUGGCCAGUCCGUAGAAGUAAACUACGAGCUUAAAAGCUUGCCUAACUUUUCGAUUAAUUCAUCAGAAGUUUCUGGAAUUCUGAUAGACUUUAUGAACAACUCGAGCGAUGACAGUCACAAUAAAUUACAUAGGAUAUUAAGAAAAUUAAAUACCACUGAAAAUGAGUUUUUAGUUAAAAUGAAGGAGAUAGAAAGUAAUCCAGUAACAAGACGAUUAAUUCUUCUUCUGAUCAGUGAGUGUGGUAAAAAUGCUACAGAAGAUAUAAAAAAACAUAACGAAGAAAGAGUGGAAUCUCUAGAAUCUCUAGAAGAAGAUACUCUUAUUCCUAGUCAGAUUAAUGAACAAGUGAUAGACCAAAAACAAGAUUCCAUUAGUACCCUUCUAGGAGGGGCAGAAAGGUCUUCUAAGAAGGAAGAUGAUCAAGACACUAGAGCGCUACAGCUAUUAAACACUUUGUAUAGCAUAGCCUCAAAGUUGGGUAAAUAAUAGACUUGCUAAUAUUUUUAUUAUAUAAUACGGCCAUAUUGAUACAAAGUGGACAUAUUUGAAAUCGAAAGUUACCACAUUUUUUCUGAGUCGCAAUGUUGCUGUUUUAUAUUCUAGCUAAUGUAUAAAAAAUAAAAUAUAUAAGUAUUUUUGAGAUAAACAUACAGACGCAAUAGUUUUCUGAUAAACUAUACCCAUUUUUGUAGUUCUUUUAUUUACUUACAUACCAACCAUUUCUACUGGGCCAUUUGCUAUUUUUCUCGUGGUUUUUGCGUUAAUCUUUCCUGUUUUAAUGAUUUUUAACAUUUAGCCACUGUAUUAUAAAUACCAAUUGCAUCAUAUAUCAACAAAAGAUACAAAAAGUUUACAUAAAAAUGUUUUAUUUUUUCAACGUCGGCUAGUUCAUAUUCUGAGGUGAUUUUUUUUACUUUAUAGUUACCUACUAGUAGCGAAUUAAUUGUAAAUAAAUUAUAGAGUUAAGUU